GCCCAUGCCCUCCGCUUCCCUCACCAAAAUCUCGCUAGCCAAGAGCAAAGAAACUUAACACUACCUCACUACGUACGUGGCAGCUCGCUCGAAGCUACCAUGGCCGUCGUUCCCCGCAUUGCGCCGCUGCUGCUCCUCGUGUCCCUCCUCUCCCUAUCUCUCCAACUCGCUCCAUCCGCCGCCUGCCCGACCUGCCCAACUCCGACACCCCCACCCCCUCCCCCACCGCGCAAGCUCAAGCCCCCGCCGCCUCCAUCCUCCGUGCCAUGCCCUCCGCCGCCGUACACCCCGACCCCGGUGACCCCGACGCCGUCGACGCCGACGGGGAAGUGCCCCGUGGACACGCUGAAGCUGGUGGCGUGCGUGGACGCGCUCAACGGGCUGGUGCACGCGGUGGUGGGGGGCGGCAGCAGCGCCAGCGAGAAGUGCUGCCCGCUGCUGUCGGGGGUGGCGGACCUGGACGCCGCGCUCUGCCUCUGCACCACCAUCAAGGCCCAGGCGCUCGACGUCAGCCUCGUGCUCCCCGUCGCCAUCACCGUGCUCGUCAACCAGUGCGGCAAGCACGUCCCAUCCACCUUCCAGUGCCCCUCCUGAAGGAAUCAAAACACACAGCCUCACUCUGUCUGCUGAUUCUGCUCCAUGGAAUUGGAAUUGAUAGGCUAAGUGUGCCUAGCUAAGUACCACGACGUACGAGUCUUACAUGCAUUUCUGUUCUUGCGCACAUUCAUGCAUGUCAUGUAACCCUGUAUACAUGAUAUAUUUUGCAUGGACUGGGGCAGCUCUGAGACUGCUUGAUGUGGUGUCGAGCUGUGGACAUGCAUUGUGUAAACCGUGUAACAAAUACUAGCAUCUUGUAUCAUGCAUAUCAGUUUCAGUAUAUACAUAUAAUAUACGUGUGAGUUGUGAUCU